GUCGUGGCGAUAAAAGAUUGCGCAGCCGCUUCCCACUUGCUCCUGGGCUGCAUUACUCCAGAGUACUUCGUCUCAAAAGGCAGAGCGGAGCAAAUCAAAAUGCUCUCCAUUUCAAUUCAAGGCAGCAACCUGAGCCCUCUUAAUCCCCAAAGCACCUUUCCCCCCACCUCGAACCAAAUCCUCUUCCCAACAACCAAACCCUUCUUCUUCUUCUCCAAACCCAACCCCAUUCCUCUCAUCCUCUCAUCUUCCUGUCCCCACAUAACCUCCACCCUUUUCAAGAGACUCACCCCCCUCCGUCAAUCCGCAUCAGCCGCUGCCGCGGAAGCCCUCGAGACCUCCUCCGAUGCCGACCAACCCGAGCCGGUGGAGGAGGAGGUCCAAGUCGAACAAAAAGAGAAGCUAGGAGUGGUGGUGAAGACGAUGGAGAAGCCGAGGCUGGUGCUCAAGUUCAUAUGGAUGGAGAAGAAUAUCGGGCUCGCGCUGGACCAGGUGAUACCGGGCUAUGGGAGCGUGCCGCUGAGCCCCUACUACUUCUGGCCUAGGAAGGACGCGUGGGAGGAGCUCAAGUCCAAGCUGGAGGAGAAGCCCUGGAUCUCCCAGAAGCGCAUGAUCAUCCUCCUCAACCAGGCCACCGAUAUCAUCAAUCUCUGGCAGCAGAGCGGCGGCAACCUGCAGUAGAGCCCCCUUAUCUCUUCUCGAACCUGUUUUCCUUUCGUUUCUUUAAUCUAUCUGUUAAGUGUGUUGAAUGUUUGUAUCUCAAUUCUCCGCUUAGAUAAUCUGUUAUAGUAUGAUUAUUUUAGAGUUGUACUUCUCUUACUGAGUUAUAUGAAACAUGUUCAUUCUGUUUUAUAUGAAUAUAAUUUCCUUGGUAGAAAUGGAUUAUUUUGCUAGUGAAGA